AUGCCCAAGUUAGUUCUUAUUCGUCACGGUCGCUCAAAACUUAAUGACUUAGAUAUAUUUUCGGGAUGGAUUGACGCUAAAUUGUCCGAUUCAGGGAAAGAAGAGGCCAAAAAAGCUGGUGAACUUUUGAAAGAUGCAAAAAUUGAAGCAGAUAUUAUUUACACUUCACUUUUAUCAAGAGCUAUUCAAACCGCUAAUAUUGCUUUGGACGUUGCUGAUCAAUUGUGGGUACCUGUGACAAGAUCUUGGAGACUCAAUGAAAGACAUUAUGGAGAUUUACAAGGUAAAAACAAAGCUGAAGCAUUAGAACAUUUUGGUCCUGAAAAAUUCAAAGAAUAUAGAAGAUCAUAUGAUAUUCCACCUCCUCCAAUCUCACCUGAUAAUAAAUGGUCUCAAGCUGGGGAAAGAAGAUAUGAUACAAUUGAUCCUGCUAUUGUUCCUAAAACAGAAAGCUUGAAAGACGUAAUUGAAAGAUUAUUACCAUUUUGGGAAGAUGAAAUUGCUAGUAAGUUGUUGGAUGGGAAGACAGUUGUGAUUUUUGCUCAUGGGAAUUCACUUAGAGCCUUAAUUAAACACUUGGAUGGGCUUUCGAAUGAAUCCGUAAGUGAACUAAAUCUAGCCACGGCGCAACCACUAGUCUAUGAAUUAGACGAUCAAUUAAAACCUAUCAAGCAUUACUAUCUUGAUCCUGAGGCCGCCGAAGCUGGUGCAGCAGCUGUUGCAGCUCAAGGACAAAAGAAAUGA